GGGCGCAUGGCCUAAUGGUAAGGCGUUAGAUUUCGGUUCUCCUAAGAUGAUCUCUAAAGAUUGCAGGUUCGAUCCCUGCUGUGCUCGAUUUACUUUUUUUUGGCGUUUGCAAUCUCUGUCUCUGUGUUUGCCCUUUUCCACUUUCAUGGAUUAUGGAGCCUUGGAUAUUAUUAUGUUUUUUAAGGUUCACUUUUCUUGUUUCUUUUUACUUACUCACUACUUUGUAUUUACCGUCAAUGAAUAACUACGACUUGACAACUUCUUUUCUGCUACUCUCAAUCAUUUCCAUUCCCAGUUCCCAUUUCCAUCGUGCAUAUGUGGUUUUUUAUCAGUUCCUUUUCUCCUUCUCACUUGCCUGGAAUGUGUAUUCAAAUGACGCCCCACUCUGUGUCAUCAUGUACGAUGACCGAGAUCGGCCCACUAAAAUUUCGGGUUUGGCAGGUCCAAUCUUUGAAUGUUCGGCUGUAGUUACUAUAACUAUGUAUUGUAUUAUAUUAUACAUACAUGAAAAUUAUACAGUGCUACGUGCAUGCAUAGUGCAGUGUGUACAAAGCUAGUCACAUACAAAGAAUUGAAUCUUUAGAAGUUGCUCGGCACAUCACAAACCAAAGAGAACAAGAACUCUUCCAAGUCUCACUCAACCAUUUUUUAACCGUCUAUCAACGGGCCAGAGUGAAUUAGCAGAUUGAUAGAGUCGGCUCUCCAUUCC